GGGCCGCAGCUACUAGCGGAAGCUGGCUGGGUUACGGUGGGGCCCAAGAAGCGCCCCGCGGCGAAAAGUCGCGCCCGUAAGCUCCGUACGCCCCGGUCCCAGGCAGUCGUUUUGACGCUGCAGCCGGGGGCGGUGGAAAAGGGCGCGACUUACGCAAGUGUGAUCGCCUCGGCCAAGGAGCGCAUAAAUCCCGCAGACUUCGGGGCCCAGGGGGUCCGUUUCCGAAAGGCGGCCAACGGAGGUCGCCUUUUCGAAUUCCCCGGCACCUCCAGUGCCGAGAGGGCGGACCUCCUGGCGCAGAAGCUGCGGGAGGUGCUAGGCAGUGAAGUCGUUCGGGUCACGCGGCCAACAAUGAUGGUAGGCUUGCGGGUAUCUGGCCUGGACGACUCCGCCACCAGUGCCGAGGUGGUCACCGCGAUCGCUGCAGCGGGUGGGUGCCCCGCCGAGCAGCUGCGGGCAGGCGAGGUCAGGGCCGGCCGCGACGGACUGGGAUCGGUGGUGAUCCAGUGUCCCGUCGCGGCAGCCAAGAAGGUCGUCGAUGGAGGGCGCUUGCUCGUUGGCUGGGUGUCCGCUCAAGUCAAACUGAUGGACGCCCGGCCGACCAGGUGCUACAGGUGCCUGGCACUUGGCCACCUGUCCGGCCAGUGCCCAGAGGGGGUUGACCGCGCGGACCUAUGUUUCCGCUGCGGUCAACCGGGGCACAAGGCCCUCGGGUGCGCAGCCGCGCCGCGCUGCGUGGUGUGCGCUGCGGCCGGUGUAUCGGCGGAUCACCGUGCCGGCAGCGGAGCAUGCGCUCCCCCACCCAGGGGGAAGAGGAAGGGAGGUAGGGAUGGCCCGGUUCCAGGGUCGUCCUCUUCUGCACCGCAGGCGGUAGCGCGAGGGGCUGAGGAGGUUCAAGUAGUCGGUGUUUAG